ACAGUCCCUCUCUUUGGUUUUCAGCACUCGGUGCGAAAAGUUAGCGAAAACUUGUCGAAAGGAAUAGUUAACUUUUUUUCUUUUUUUUUUUAUUGAGUCUUGUGAAAUAAUAUUCCUGGCUUCUGAAAUAGUGGGCGCUCGCGCACUGCGCAUGGCCACGGCGACCCCAGGACUCAAGAACAAACUCUCUCCCGGACAAGUGGAUUCGAUCCCACAGACAGCAGUGAAUUCGUAACAAAAAUGGCUAGAUGCUGUCCGUGGAUUCAGCUCGAAAGCAUUAGAAGAUGUCGCAAUUAAGACUUGUUCCGACCUGCACAUCCGGUUCCUUCCUUCACCUGGAAAUGGCGAUCAAUAAUGAAGUAAGAUGCAACAGUUUUUCAUGUUACCAAGAAACCAGAAAGCGCAAAAUCCUCUGUCGUGAAGACUCUCCCAUGGUGAUGAUAGUGAGGCAGUAGACAGCAUGUAUGACACAGAGCUGAACCCUGCAGCGGGUGAGAGUGCAGAGGAGGAGACGGAGGACAGCGUCAUGUCUCCGAUCGCCAUGAACCCUGCCUCGCCCCAGCCCAACAACGAGGACUUCACCCCAAAAGAAGGCUCACCCUACGAGGUGCCUGUCUACAUUCCUGACGACAUUCCCAUCCCCGCCAACCUGGAGCUGCGCGAGUCCUCCGUGCCAGGUGCUGGCCUCGGCAUCUGGGCCAAAACCAGAAUUGGGAUGGGCGAACGCUUUGGACCGUUCCACGGGCUGCACAGCGCCACCGUCAAAGAGACCACUUAUGGAUGGGAGCAAAUGCUGAAUGAUCACGAAGUAUCGUCUCAGGAUAGCUGCAUCAGAAAGGUAGUGGACGACAUGGGCAAUGUGAAGUUCUGCCUGGACGAAGCGCUGGAGGCUAGCGGGAGCUGGCUAAAAUAUGUACGGGCAGCACCAUCUUACGAAGAGCACAACCUGGCUGUUUGUCAGAUUAGUGAAGAUCAGAUUUAUUAUAAAGCCAUUAGGGAUAUUGAAGUUGGGGAGGAGCUGCUGGUUUCUAUGAAAGACGGAGUUUUUCCCGAGGGCUCGAUGGCGCCUAAUCUGGAAGAUGAGCAAAUGUACCGCUGUGAAGACUGUGAUGAGCUCUUCUCAUCAAAGCUGGAGCUGCGACGGCACCAGAAAUACUCUUGCAACACCGGCAGCUCUAUAUUUGAUUCAUUGAAUGAAGACCUCAAACAGGAGCGGGAGGACAACGACGAACCAGUGCAUGAGUGCAAAGACUGUGAAAAGAUCUUUCCCAGCGAGUAUAGUCUUGGCCAGCAUAUGGUUGUACACACAGAGGAGAGGGAGUACAAGUGUGACCAGUGCCCCAAAGCUUUCAACUGGAAGUCCAACCUCAUUCGUCAUCAGAUGUCACACGACAGUGGAAAGCGCUUUGAGUGUGAAAACUGUGAUAAGGUAUUCACAGACCCCAGCAAUCUGCAGCGCCACAUUCGCUCACAGCACGUCGGUGCCCGUGCCCACACCUGCCCUGAGUGUGGCAAGACCUUCGCCACAUCCUCAGGUCUCAAACAGCACAAGCACAUACACAGCAGUGUGAAGCCAUUCAUGUGCAUGUGUGUUCUACCAGGUGAGGUGUGUCACAAGUCCUAUACCCAGUUUUCCAACCUGUGCCGUCACAAGCGAAUGCAUGCAGACUGCCGCACCCAGAUCAAGUGCAAGGACUGUGGGCAAAUGUUCAGCACUACCUCCUCCCUCAAUAAGCAUCGGCGCUUCUGCGAGGGAAAGAACCAUUAUAGUCCUGGAGGCAUAUUCACGCCAGGCAUCCCUAUGACCUCCAGUCCCAUCAUGGGCAAGUCCAAGCCACAUCCUGGCCUGAAUCAUGGUGGACUUGGCUUCGGUGACUACUUUCCCUCUCGGCCGCAUCAUCCAGGCCUGCCCUUCUCUACUGCCCCUCCUGCAUUCCCAUCGCUUUCACAUGGCUUCACAGGCAUCUUUCCCCCAUCACUGUAUCCUAGGCCCACAUUGUUACCCCCUAGCCCACUAUUAAAGAGUCCACUGAGUAACAGUCAAGAUGGGAAGCUUCCUCAUAGUCCCCUUGAUGCCCCUGCUCUCCCAAUGGUUACAUCAAUUAGCAACACCAAUGGCACUGCAGGUAGUGGCCUUAGCCAGUCAGAGGUGAAUCGUGAGUCUAAGCAGGAUCUGUCCAUGUCAGACAGCAAGAAUAAGGUGAAAAUGAGUGACAUGUCUGAUGGCAGCGACUUAGAGGAUGUUAACACCACCAGCGGCACUGAUCUAGACACCACCACUGGCACAGUUUCUGGCUCUGAUCUAGACAGUGAGGCGGAGAGUGAGCGAGAGAAGAGUCGAAGGAAACACAGACAGGAAGGCAAACAAGAGGAGGUGAACAGCAGUGUAGUGUCGGUGUCCAGCUCAGGUAACCUUCCUUCUGAUCGUCCUUUCCUCUCUUCCCAGCAUUCCUUCUUUCCUCCACCUGAUGAGCAGGCACUGCCACCUACUGGUGCUACAACCGACUCUAUCAAAGCCAUUGCUUCCAUUGCUGAAAAGUACUUUGGGCCAGGCUUUAUGGGCUUGCAGGAGAAGAAAAUGGGCUCCUUGUCUUACCCUUCCAUGUUCCCUUUUCAGUUCUUACCCAACUUCCCACAUUCCUUGUACCCUUUCACAGACAGAGCACUCAACCCAAACAUGUUCCUAAAACCAGAACCCAAAUCACUUCGUGAGCACAUACAGAAAAUAGCUACCACCACUGCUGCAGAGUCACCCUUUGACCUCACAACCAAGCCCAAGGAAGUGAAACCUUUCCUUCCACCCUCCUCCAUCAAGCCCUCUAGUGCACUUCUUCCCAGUGGCGAGGAUCAGCCUUUGGAUCUGAGCAUUGGAGCCCGGAGCAGAGCCAGUCAGAAUGGUGGAACACCUGAGCAGCGUAAGAAUCAUGUCCAUAGCACCAACUGCAAGACGCCAGCUAAAGACGAGCAUCCAGUGCUGAACCAGUCUCAGAACCUCCACCAGCCCCAGAUGCCUCAGCAGCAAGUGUCCCUUCCGCAGCCGCCUCCUCAGCAGCAGCCCUCACUCCACUACGCCAAGCCUUCACCCUUCUUCAUGGAUCCUAUCUACAGCAGGGUGGAGAAAAGGAAGCUGAUAGAUCCUGUAGGAGCACUGAAGGAGAAGUACCUGAGACCAUCUCCACUGCUCUUCCACCCUCAGGUGUCCGCGAUAGAGAACAUGACAGAAAAGCUGGAAAACUUUGGCACUUUGAAACUGGACGCUCCCAAUUCGCUACAGCACUCCUCACAUCACCUCUUUAACUUCCGUUCCCCUCCUCCUUCUCUGUCUGAAGCCAUCCUCCGCAAAGGCAAAGAACGCUAUGCCUGCAGGUACUGUGGGAAAAUCUUUCCCAGGUCGGCUAAUCUUACCAGGCACUUACGAACACACACAGGAGAGCAACCCUACAGAUGUAAAUACUGUGACCGUUCCUUCAGCAUCUCGUCCAACCUCCAGCGACACGUUCGCAACAUCCACAAUAAAGAGAAGCCUUUCAAGUGCCACCUGUGUAACCGCUGCUUUGGUCAGCAGACCAACCUGGACCGCCACUUAAAGAAACACGAGCAUGAGAAUAUACCAGUGAGCCAGCACUCUGGGAUUCUCUCAAAUUUGGGAACAAAUAUCUCCUCUCCAAACUCCGAACCUGACAAUCAUGCACUUUUAGAUGAAAAAGAGGACUCCUAUUUCUCAGAGAUUAGAAACUUCAUCUCCAACAGUGAGCUGAACCAGGCCUGCAGCUCCUCAGAGAAAAGGUCAGAAAUGACGGAGGACGAGCGUCCUGAGAGCCACGCUGUCACAGACUCCAAGCUCGAGGAGGAGGAAGAGGAGGCGGAGGGAGAUGAUGAAGAUGAGGAAGGCUCACUAACAGAAAAGUCCCAGGACGAGAUGACUUCUCCCGCCACCAUGGUGCAAGGCACUUACGAUGAUGACGAAGAAGCUGCUCCGCUCUCCAUGACCUAUGAACACCCACGCAGGUGUAUUGAGGAGGAUGCAGGCCUGUUAGAUCUGGAGCCUCUGCCUGGCUUUCCAAAGGGCCUGGAGCUCCAUAAGCCUGCUGACGAGCCGUUUGACGUUAAAGACAUUUUUAACACCUCCUUAGAGUCUGAGGCGCUGAAAGAAACACUCUUGAGGCAGGCUAAAACCCAGGCUUAUGCAAUGAUGCUCUCUCUGUCGGAGAACAACCCCCUGCAUCCAUCCUCCCAGAACUCACUAGACGCCUGGCUGAACAUGGGAGGAGGCCCUUCAGAAACCAGCUCCUUUCACCCACUCAACCAUAUCUAAGCCAAAAGAGCAAGGAGACGGGGAGUGGUCAGAGGGAGAGGAGGAGGAGAGAGAGAGAGGGCAGUAGGAAUUGGUAAAGACCACCACGAAGAAGACACAUGUGUUACAAAUAGCACAUGAAGACCCAGUGAUGCUUACAGUAGACGAAUCACCACUUCGACUGGGAAAAAGUGGGGGGAGUUUCGCUGCAAGACUGUUAGCUGAAACAGAGACAUGAACCAGUAGAGCUGUAGAUAUCUCCUUUCCACAACUGAGAAACAAAAGACUAAAGCACACCACUUCACUCUGUACAACUUCAGAUUUGUUUUUAAAUGCAAUCUGCAGUUUUCUCCUCUUAAACUUGGUCUUGGAAGAAACCCAUGUACCCCAGUGACAUCACAAAUCGCAUUCUUCAUUAUUUCUCAUUAGGACAGCCAUGCUUAUUAGAGUGAUGAUAGACGAAAGAAAAAGGAAACGGGAGAUAUUUUGUCACGGGUGCUGAUCUGAUCUGGUCAAGUCGCCAAACUAUAUUCCAUGCAGUGGCAUGAUCGUACCACAAGAGGGCGAAUUGCUGUACCAAGACAGGGUCUGAACAGUUAGCUGAAUAGCUAGAUGGCUCCAUAAACUGCACUGUAGAACCAAUUUACAAAAUGGAUCGGAAUUAAGACAAUAUAUAUAUAUUUUUUUAAAUCAGAUGAGCCAUAGAAAUAAAUGGAAUCACAUCUACUGCUAAUCACAUCCCUCCUCUUUGAUUAUGUUGAUCAUCAUCAGAGUGGUAGAACAGUAGCAUGGCUGCUCAACUCAACAUACCAUCUUAACCUUAUUUCAACUAUACAUGUGUUUUGUUUUUUGAAGCAUUAAAUUAUUCUCCUCCCAACGUUCUCAUGCAUUCAAAACACUCUUUUUUUUUUGUAUGUGAUUUGUUCUUUGAUCAACAGUAUUGUUUUCUUUCGAGCACUUCCGUGCUUAAAUUGUUAAUAUAAUUAUUUAGUGAAGGACCAAAUUUGUAUGAUAAUGUUCUAAGAUGUACAAAAUAAUUUCAAAAUUCAUAGCAAAGAGUGUUGUGUGCCAAAUAACCCUUUUUUUUUUCUUGGACAAUCAUUUAUUUUUAUUUCCCAGUGGGUUUUUUUUCUGUUUUUAGUACUUUUUUCUCUCUUAUUGCCUGCUCACUCUAUGUAUUUGAUUUGAGGUGCAUUUGAUUUCUAUUUAUUUUAGUUGUUUCAUCAUUAUAGGGAAAAAAAUGAUUCUAGAAAAAAAGAAAAGAAAAACCGACCCAGUUUCACCCAGUUGUUGAAGGAAUUAAAUCUAUGACUGAGAAUUUUAAUCUCAUGAUGCUCUGAAGGAUAUUGUAUAGAGACCGGUAUGCCAAAAUGUAAAUGACAAAAUCAACUAUUUUAUUUAUAACUUUGGCGUCGGCACCAGUCUGUUUGUGUUCAUUGUGAGGUUUGUUUUUAUUUUUCACUUGCUCGACCAUUUUAAACUGUACAUACAGUGUGUGAUGUUGAACAAAUUGUUGAUUUUUUUUUUAAAUGAAUCAUUUGAUUAAAGCAUCAGGUCACUUGAAUGGUGGGGCAUUAUAUUUGUACUGCUAUCAUCAGUUUUGCUUUCGAUUUUAGUCUGCCCGUCAGCGAAAGAAUGGCCGUGUCAGUCUCUCUAACAGCUUCCAGUCCUGUGUGUUGAGUAGGAAACAGCAUGCCACUGUAUCCAAAACAAAUCCAAAUUGUGCGUUGGCAUCCCACAAACCAUCAGCACAAAGCUAGAAGCGUGGACCUUGGAUGCAACUGUGUUGUGUUCUUUUUUUUUCUCCAUUCAAUCUUAUUUCUUACAAACAUAAGCCGCUGCUGUUAAUCGAAGGGGCUGGAAUGGGAUUAAAUCAACAGGAUCAAAUGGUGAGCUGGGAAAUUUCUAUUUCUAACGCUGAUAUGUGAGUGUAAUUUGGGGUUGAGUAGGAAGCACAGCCCCUAAAACGCGCAUGUUACCCAAGUGCCAGGACUCAGGAGUCCUUGUGCAACUCUACUGAACUGUGAAUCCAGCGCAUGAAUCGUACAAAUAAACACAACAACUAAACACAAGCUCAUGAUGAAUGUGUAGAAUAGAUUCAAUGUGUUGCUAAUGUAUCAAACCUCUAACGUUACUUUUCUUCUUUGAAUGGCAAUUAAAGAAAAAAAGUCA